AUGGCGCUGCUGUACCGGUUCGUAAAGGUACACGACCGGGGCAACACACGCGUCUUCUCCUUCGUCGUGACCAAGACGGUGACGCGAGACCUGCAUCGUGAUGUCACCACCAAGGAGUUUCCCUACGGAUUCCACCGAUGGGCCGUCACCUUCAGCCGCAACGAGAAGCUUCUCGGCGUGUAUUUGGUGUGGAAGAACCCAUCUGAGCACGUGCGCCUGUACAUCGAUUUCGCCUUCUCCCUGCUUAACCGCGACCACUUUAGCGGUAACGAGAGCUUCAGCGGAAAGCAGAUCAAGUUUUCCAAGGAGUCCCCAGCGCAGGGUAACCGCAAGUUUAUCAACGUCGGAAGCCUAUACGAGCGCAAGUUCACAGACGCCAACGGCGAGUUUCAGCUGGAGCUGACCAUGACAAAUGUGCGGACCGUUUUCGAGGCCGACCUGGGGGUGCCGCGGUCGCUCAAGGAGGAGGCGCGUCUCGAGACGAGCUUCUUCACGUUCGGCAAUUUUGAGUGGAGUGUGACGGUGCAGCGGGCGGCGGAGGACCCGCAGCGCGUGAGCGCCGCGCUCCGCCGGCUCACCGGGUUCGAGCACAAGUGUCGCGUGCGGUACAACCUCACGCUGGGCGACGGCGAGGCGGCGGCCAUCUCGGGCAUCCUGGAGGAGGUGAGCGACCGAGACGGCCGCGGCCCAGGCUGGACGCCGCGCGCCGCGCUCCACGACCUGUGCGCGGCCGGCAGGCUCAAGGUCGUCUGCGAGAUGCUGAUGGCCAACACGGUCGGCGAGCUGGUGGUGGGUACGCUGGCCGCGCCCGCGUCAGGCCCCUGCCACGACCGCGACCGCCAGGCCUGGACCGUCGAGGCCGACACCAACGGCGACUUCCUGCGCCUCAAGGUCGUCUACAAGGACAUCCACAACAUUCCCCGGAACCAUAUCAAACACUCCGAAUGGAACGUGUUCAUCAUCAGGCGACACCCGAAGGGCGGCUUCAUGAACCCGAGCGCGGUGCCCCGCGGCCCCUUCUGCAACUACUACGUCCACGAAGAGCAGGACGAGGGUAUCAUGAUCGAAACGGAUGUGCCUGUCAAGGAGCUGCGGUCUCCAGGCAGCCUGUACGUGGACGAGCGGCACCAGCUGGUGGUGCAGCUCGAAUGGCUAGAGACGGUGCUGCUCUUCCAGUCGACGUACCACAAGUACGACGACAUUAGUCGCGUCCAUAACUUCCAGAUGAGGCGAGAGAUCAGCGCCCUGCAGGCGGAGAACUACAGCCUGGAGCGUCAGCUGUUCAGUUACCAGAAGUCGAUCGCGUUCGCCAACUCCCGCGGCACCUACUCGGACGAGCUGCCGUCGCCCGAGUCGCACACGGUCGGCUACCCGGAUGCGGCCAACGGCGGUCGCAAUGGGGUCGAGCACGCCCCGCACGGCCUGGCCGAGCGGUGCCUCGACGACGGCGACUACAACGCCUGA